AUGAAAUUCAUUUGGUUAAUUAUAAUUAGUGCAUCAAUACUAAAUUUGGAAAAUGCAAUGGUAGAUACUGCAAUCAUGGAGGAUUAUAUUGCACCGGCCAAUAUUAAAUAUCCUUAUGGAGACGAGGUUCAAUUUUCAUUCAAUGUGUUAGACAAAGACGCAAACCCAUUUCCUUGUGGAGAUCAAAAGGCGAUAGAAAAACGAUUAGGAAAAUGUCCAAUAGACCGAGUAAAACUCCAAACGAUACCGAAUCCAUUUGUGGAGUGUCCGAAUUAUGCUGUAGUACCAACACUGCCCUCCUCCGAUUGCGAUAAGAGUCAACCAAAUCUAGGACCCGGUCCCGACGUGCUUUGCAAAAGGUGUGACUUGAAAUUAACUUCUGAUGGUUUAGGAGUACUCAUUGAAUGCUGUUAUUGUUUGGAUGUAGCGUCGCCCAAUCGAGAAGCUGAUCGAGAACUGAAAGAUAUACAAUACAAAGCAUAUUUCAUACAAAUAUCAAACUACUCUUCUGUUGAUGUAAUUGGUUCUGAAAACUUCGAUCCUUAA